ACCCAUUCAAGCCGUCUCCAGCCAUUAUUAGUCUCAAAGUGGGUUCCUCGUCAUCGAAUUAUAAAAAAGUUGUUCUAGGACACGAGAGAUCAGGAGUGAAAUUCUCAAAAAAAAAGUAGAGGUACUCAGCUGGGUAAAGUGGACAUGUUUUUGAAAAAGAAAAAAAAACUACAUGUAAACAUAAAAAAUGACAGUUUGAGUGUCAAUGAAUAAAUUUUUUUUGAUGGAACAAGCAGCUCAAAUAAAUACCACCUUAAAAACUAGGUUAUAUCGGCAGAAUUUCACCCCUGUGAGAGAUGCAAUACUAUAGACCAUGUUGACAGUGCUAGAUAAGAGAAUUAAAUUUAAUGCAUUUAACACAUCAGUGCAAAAAGUGGUUAUUUAUGAUGUUUAUAAACCAUGUUUCAGAGUUGCAAGUAUUAUAAAUCCAUUGAAUGAAAAGAUGAUUACAUUCAAAGAUUUCAUAUAUUCAUUUCAAGCAACUUUCUGUCUACAAGACUUUCUAGCAGAUGCUCAGAAAAAAUUCACACAUUUCCAGUCUACUCAUUCAGAUUUUGCUAGUGAAUCUGUUGAGAUAACCAAUUCCCAAAAUGCGAGUGAAAACAAAUUCCUUCAGAUCCUGCUUGAAAACAAUGGAUGUAAACCUGCAAAGGUGAUUUCAACCGUUUGGCCUACAACAGAAGUCUUGGUUAAAAUAUGUAGUAACCAAGUAUUUGAUUCAUUUGAAGACUUUGAAAAGACUUGUGCAGAAAGUGAGGAUAUCACACUGAUGAUUGGAAGACUUCCUCUCCAGUCUGUAUUUCAUAAACAGGAAGAAAUUUCUACAAAUGAUGAAAGUUCACAACAAAAGUGUGUGUGGGUUAUUCAGACAACAGUGGGCUCACUUCCAAAACUACAUCCUCCUCUUAGUAGUUUACAGUAUUCUCAACAGGAAGCAGCUGAACUUGACCAGCGAGUAAAUAGUCUCAGACAACUGAGGUCAAAAUCAGCUCUGAAUCUUCAGAAGCAUGUGGAAUAAAUAAAAUAUUUCAUUUGCUUAUAA